AAGAGAGGAGACGAUCAUGGAGCCGGAGGGGACCACAGAAACGCAAGCCGCUAAUUUGGCGCAGUCAGCAGCCUCGAAACUGUCCCAGAUGAGCGAAAGAACUAAACAACUGGGGAAUGUGAUCCAAAACCCAGAAAGACAGAAACGGAUUAUUAUGAUCAUAGUUUGUGUUGCACUUUUAUUAGACAACAUGCUGUACAUGGUGAUCGUGCCAAUUAUACCCGAUUAUCUGGAAGAGCUACAGCAAGAAGCGGACCAUGUGCACACUGCUGCUGAUGCUGCUGUUGCGCACACUAACUCCACCAACAUCACCACCGAGCCCGAUGAUGAACCCAAGUGUAACUUCGACGUGCAGAUCGGCGUUCUUUUCGCCUCCAAAGCCAUCCUGCAGCUGCUGGUCAACCCUCUGAGCGGCACCUUCAUAGACAGGGUCGGAUAUGAAAUUCCACUUUUCAUCGGACUCAACAUCAUGUUCCUGUCCACAGUUAUAUUCGCCUUCGCGGAAAAUUACGCCACGCUGUUCCUGGCGCGCAGCAUGCAGGGCCUCGGCUCGGCUUUCGCGGACACUUCGGGAAUCGCUCUAAUCGCAGACAAAUACACGGAGGAAGCAGAGAGGAGUAAAGCGCUGGGUAUCGCUUUAGCUUUUAUCUCUUUUGGGAGUCUCGUGGCACCCCCUUUUGGAGGGAUCCUCUAUCAGUUCGCGGGAAAACGCGUGCCAUUCCUGAUCCUGGCCUGUAUCUGCCUCGCUGACGGCGUGCUGUGUCUCACUGUGCUCAAACCCUUCUCUAGCCGAGAGAGAGAGAACAUGCCGGUGGGCACCCCGAUCUAUAAACUGAUGAUCGACCCUUACAUUGCCGUGGUGGCGGGCGCGCUGACAAUCUGUAACAUUCCUCUAGCCUUCCUGGAGCCCACGAUCGCCACAUGGAUGGAAGAAACCAUGAAAGCUAACCAGUGGGAGAUUGGCAUGACGUGGUUCCCUGCCUUUUUCCCGCAUGUUUUAGGUGUGUUCAUCACUGUGAAACUAGCAGCCAAGUAUCCUCACCUGCAGUGGUUUUACGGGGCCAUAGGCAUGGUGUUCAUAGGCGCAAGCUCGUGCACAGUCCCCGCCUGCAAAAACUUUGGACAGCUCAUGAUCCCGCUGUGCGGAAUCUGCUUCGGCAUCGCCUUCGUGGACACCGCGCUCCUGCCCACGCUGGCUUUCCUGGUGGACGUCAGGCACGUGUCCGUCUACGGCAGCGUGUACGCCAUCGCAGACAUCUCCUACUGCGUGGCCUACGCUCUGGGGCCCGUGGUGGCUGGACAAAUAGUGCACGACCUGGGCUUCGUCCAGCUCAACUUGGGCAUGGGGCUCGCCAACGUGCUUUACGCACCGGCGCUGCUUUUGCUGAGGAACGUGUCGCAGCUGAAGCCGUCUUUCUCCGAGCGCAACAUGCUCCUGGAGGACGGUCCGACAGGACUGUACGACACGAUUAAGAUGGAGCAACGGGAAAAGAAGCGGAAGGGUCUGUGCACGACAAUUGAGGAGAAUGGAAUUGAAAGUUUUACGCAGCGCUCCUAUUCCGAGGAGGAAUCUUCAGGCGGAGAGUACGCGUAAAAGUCACUU